UGCCCGCCGGCUGGUGUGGGACCCCCUGGUCGGCAGCAGAGCCCUGAGGCUCGGGCCUCACGGGCUGAGGGCCGCGGGGGGAGUGCGGGUGAUGAGGAGGGAGAAGGAGGAGGAGAAGGAGGCGGAGGAGGAGGCGAUCCCCAUCAUCAGGUUCCCGCAGGGCUUCAGACUGAAUGUGGAGCAGAGGAAGCGCCCGAAGAAAGACCGGGCCCUCGGGGUCAGGCUGACCAGACCCGGGAGACUCCUCAUCCAGGGCCGGCAGCCCGACCUGGACCAGUCCGCCCGCCACAGCUUCGGCAAGUUCGACCCGGUGCCCCUCGUCUCCAAGGGCUGGAAGCACAGGAAGGCCGCAGGCGACUACUUCACCAUCAACAAAACCCAGUCGAGACCCCCCGUGUCGCCAGAGAGCGGGGCAGAGGAGGGGACCCCCGGCGAGAACCCGCAGACCUUCAGGUCUCUGGGGCUUUGCGGGGAGCUGGUCGAGGCUUUGGCCCGUUCGGGUAUCACUCGGCCGACCGCGGUGCAGUCGCGGACCAUCGCGGCCCUGAUGAAGAGAAAAAACGUGCUUUGUGCGGCCGAGACGGGCAGCGGGAAGACCCUGAGUUACCUGUUGCCUCUGAUGCACAGGUUAACGUCGGAGGACGGCGAAGAUCCAGGCGUUGGCACGAACGCGCCGCGCAGCGCGGUGCUGGUCCCAUCUCGAGAACUCGCCGACCAGGUGAAGGAGGUCGCGUGCUCCCUGGCAGCUGCCGUUAACCUCAACGUACAGAACAUCGGAGGCGGCAGAGGGAUGAGGGAAGCCAAGCAAAUACUUGCUAAGGGCCCAAUCGAUCUGUUGAUAGCAACACCGGGCUCACUGUGGAAGGCACUGAGACGAAACUUCACCGACCUGAUCGACUUGAGGUACUUGGUGUUGGACGAGGCCGAUACUUUAUUUGAUGAAAGCUUUGCGGAGUUGCUGGAUGAAAUUCUCCAUCACACGCGGAUCGCUUCAAACCCUUCCGAAACGCGUGGGGUGGAACGAAAAGCCCAGCUGGUGGUGGUGGGUGCCACAUUCCCAGGGGGUGUGGGGGAGCUGCUGGACCAAGUCAUGGACUUAGGUAGCAUCACCACGGUAAGGAGCAAGAGGCUUCACCACCUCAUGCCGCACGUAAAGCAGAGGUUUGUGAAAGUGAAGCGAGCGGACAAGCCCACUGACUUACUGAAGAUGCUAAAGGAGCUGGCAGCUGAGAAAGCUGGCACUGGAGUCCUUGUAUUUUGCAAUAAUGGACCCACGGUUAAUUGGCUCGGUUAUCUCCUGGAGGACCACGGCAUCAAACACUCCCGGCUCCAGGGGAAGAUGAAACCGGAGAUCCGGAGUGGGAUCUUCAGCGGUUUCCAGAAAGGUUUAGUGGACAUUCUCCUUUGCACGGACAUUGCCUCCCGCGGGCUGGACACGCAGCGAGUGGAAGUGGUCAUCAACUACGAUUUCCCGGCCUCGCUAUGCGACUACAUCCACCGAGCGGGGCGGGUGGGGCGGGUGGGCAGCAAGGUGAUGGGCACCGUCGCCAACUUUGUCACCCACCCCUGGGACGUGGAGCUCGUGCAGAAAAUUGAAACCGCAGCUCGAAGGAAAACCAUGCUACCCGGCCUGGAGUCUGAAAUAAGCCAACCCACGCCAAAGAACGUGCCAGAGAGAACAUGAAAAUAACUGUGUUAAACGUGCAUUGUAUUAAAAGUGAGGUUAUGUCGAUCAAGUACCUUUAUGCUCUACCGUACAAAUUGUUGAAAUAAAUACCUGGAUUUGUUA